AUGGUUCUUCCAAUGUGCGUGCAUCACAAAUUCAAGAAGAUUCCUUUGCUACCCAAGUGGGUUCUUGCGCUACCCAAGCUUACUGUUCAUCCUCUGUGGGAGAAAGUGCAAAUGAUCUGUCGAACGUUGAGCAUCUCGACUUCUUGUAAAGAUGCAGAACUCAUUGAGGCACUGAAAGCUUAUAUUAAACAUCAGCGAGAAGAUCAAUAUUAUCUAGUUGAACAUUUUUUUGAUGGGUAUGAGCGACUAUCGAGGAAGCAGUUAGGUACACUGGCUGUGGCACACGGUUUGUCUGUAUCGAAAAAUAACAUGUCAGAAGAGGACUAUGCGCUUCUGAUCGUGAUUCAAUAUCACAUGCCUACAAAUGGAGUUUCAUUUGAACAGAACACCAGCACCAGUCAUCUGCGGCGAAUUUUAAAGCAAUAUGUUAAGUCAUUGAAAAAGGCGAAAAAUGUUGCCAAAACUGUGAAAAACGUCGACGUUUGUGAAAAAAUACAUCGUGAAUGGCCUACAAUUCCAUCUUCGACAUUGAAGCAGCAUGUUGUGGAGAUGUUUAGAUCAGAAACAUCAUCCGAGAAAUUGCGGUCUGACACUUACCUUGAUCUCUCCGUGUUACGUCGAUCUGAUGAGUUGCAAGGUGAACUUUCAGUAGAAGAUGAAUUUUGCUCUUCUACUGUGUUAAAAGGCCUCAUGCUUGAUCCGUCUGAACUUACCUUGGGAAAGUUCCCGAUGAGUUAA